AUGGUCCUUGAGACUCUCAAAUUACAGGAUGAGAAUCCCUUUGCCAAAAUUGUCUCUGGACAAACGAUAGUAGAAAUUCCCAGGAUCGAACUCGAAUGCAGCGAAGUGAUUACCAAAGUUCCAGUGGCUUAUAAGACAUGGGGCAAGCUCAAUGAAGCAGGAAAUAACUGCAUGGUAAUAACACAUGCUCUUACAGGAUCUGCGGAUGUCGCAGAUUGGUGGGGGCCCUUGUUGGGUCGAGGAAAGGCCUUUGAUCCAACAAAAUUCUUUAUUAUCUGUCUCAACUCACUUGGAUCUCCAUACGGAUCGGCGUCCCCAGUUACUAAGGAUUGGGAAUAUGGUGGAAGAUACGGACCAGAGUUUCCACUGUGUACGAUAAGAGAUGACGUCAAUAUCCACAGGAUGGUCCUCGAUUCCUUGGGAGUGAAAGAAGUAGCCAUCUGCAUUGGAGGAUCCAUGGGAGGCAUGCUUGUUUUGGAAUGGAUGUUCCAGAAGAACGAUAAAAACGAGAACUACGUCAAAACCGUGGUGGCGCUUGCGACAAGUGCAAAGCACAGUGCCUGGUGCAUCUCCUGGGGAGAAGCACAGAGGCAAUGCAUCUAUUCAGAUCCUAAAUAUGACGACGGUUAUUAUUCGCUGGACGAUCCACCUGUCAGCGGUUUAGGAGCAGCUCGUAUGGCAGCUUUACUAACUUAUCGGUCUAGAAACUCUUUUGAAACAAGAUUCGGUAGAGAGGCUCCCACGAAUAGACAGAAACUGAAGAGCUUGAAUAAUAAAAAGGUUUCCACUUCCACUCCCAGCGUUGACUCCUCCGACGACUCUGCCAUUGCAGAUGAAUCUGAACAGGCCCCACCGAGAGAAGAAAAUUGGAUGGUGCAUAAUGAUGGCUCAUCAAGAAAAAAAUCCUACGAAGACUAUCAUUCUAGUCGAUCCGGCCUGGAUGCUCAGGCAUUCCCUCCUGCCACUAGAUCGGCAUCCAUCUCUUCUGUCUCAUCGUCUGCGUCAAUAUCGUCUCCAUCAGGACGUCCACGUCGAAUGCCACGCCACUACUUCUCGGCGCAAUCGUAUCUUAGAUAUCAAGCAAACAAGUUUGUCAGUAGAUUCGACGCAAACUGUUACAUAUCAAUCACUAGAAAGUUAGACACACACGAUCUUGGAAGAGAUAGACCGGAAUACAAUAACGAAGCAGCCAAGGCUUUGGAAUCACGUACUCAACCUACGCUCGUCAUAGGAAUUUCAUCUGACGCUCUUUUCACUCUCAGUGAGCAGAUAUUCAUAGCAAAGCAUCUCCCCAACUCCACGUUGAAAAAGAUUAACUCUAACGAGGGUCACGAUGCCUUCUUGCUCGAGUUUAAAGACAUCAAUAAGAUAGUUAUGGACUUUGAAAAAAUACAUCUCAAUGACAUUAUGGAGUCCAAGGGAAAUAAUGAGGACUGGGAUGAGUCCAAGGUCAAUGACGGUAAGAAAGAAAGCGUAUUUGGAGAGGCAGAGGACGUAGCCAGCUGGUAA